GCUUUCCUUUCGUUUUUUUCCAGUGGUUUUCAGGACAGUGAAGCACCCACGCGUUUGAGUGCAGGCAGACCCUCAUUCCCGAGGCCAUGCCCAAAGUGAAGAGGAGCAGGAAGCCUCCCCCGGAUGGCUGGGAGCUGAUUGAGCCAACGCUGGAUGAGCUGGAUCAGAAGAUGAGAGAAGCGGAGACCGAGCCUCACGAAGGGAAGAGGAAAGUGGAAUCCCUUUGGCCUAUCUUCAGAAUCCAUCACCAGAAAACACGUUACAUCUUUGAUCUCUUCUAUAAAAGAAAAGCCAUCAGCAGAGAGCUCUAUGAGUACUGCAUCAAGGAAGGAUACGCUGACAAAAACCUGAUUGCCAAGUGGAAGAAACAGGGUUAUGAGAACCUCUGCUGCCUGCGCUGUAUCCAGACGCGCGACACCAACUUCGGAACCAACUGCAUCUGCAGGGUCCCUAAAAGCAAGCUGGAAGUGGUAAGGGGUUUUUCAGCUUGUUCCUCUCCUUGCCUGGACCUUCUCAGUACCCGCUCUCGCUCCUCCCAGGUCAGGGACAGCAGAGGAGAUUUGGGGAGGGAAAAUGGAGGGAAAAGCUGGACUAGCUUUAACUGCUAG